AGAGUGACAAAUUCACUAAAUCAGAACCUAAUGACAUUCACACCCCAUAAAUGGAACCUCGAAGAAGAUAAAAAAGUUGAAGGAAAGGAAAAGGAGUGAAAGGAAAAGAGGAGCCCUCUCUCUCUUUCUGGCCCAAACUAAUCGAGAAAACGGAAAAGGAACUCUUCUCUGCUUCUAUUUGAAGUCACUGCCUCUUUUUUGGCUUGUAUGGUGAUGAAAAAACCCUUUUUUUGGGUGUUUCUGAUAACGCAUAUGCGGUUUGAUUAAGCUGAGUUUGCUGGUCGUUUGGUGUAGGGAAGUCAACUUGAAGAGUAAAGACGAGAUAUAGCUUCUGGAUUUGUUGUUGUGUUGCUUUCUGUAUUUGGGUUCUUGAAUUUCGAGUUUGAGGGUAUCUGUUUCGGUUCUUGUAGUUCUGAAGUUUGGAGAGAAGUUUCCAGUUAUUCAGAUGAUGUGUCAAAACAAGAGGCCCUUCGUUGGUGAUUUGCUUGAUGCUCCAAGGAUUUCCCUUGUGUUUGAUUUGGGAAAAGGAUUGUGUGACUGGGAUUUCAAGUUAUAGAAUUUGUGGGUCUGAUUAUUCUUGGGUUUGAAAUGAAAUUUAUGCAUCUGACUGAUCUUUAAUUGUGAUGUCAAGGUCCUUGUCCUUAGAGCAAAUCUGAUUUAAAGGAUUCUCUGGACAAGGCAGGUUGGAAGGAAUUUUGAUCAUUGUAAGUUAUGAUCAAGCAAAUACUUGGUAGGCUUCCAAAGAAGCCUUCUAAGUCAUCUGAGAACCGUGAAUUCGUGGGUUCGUCAGCGCCAACUUCAAAUGCAUCCGUCAGUUCAAGUAACAAUGACCUUGCAAGUGAUAAGCCAAUAAACUCAAGGAACGCUUCAAUCCAGGGUCUUGAUCUUGAUACGAUAGGCUACAGUCAUGGAAGUAUGCAUACCCAAUUUACAAGUCUAAAACUGAAUGGCAAUUCAGUUAGUGCUCCGUAUGAAGCAUUGCCAGGAUUCAGGGAUGUUUCCAGCUCUGAGAAGCAUAAUCUAUUUCUUGGAAAACUAAGAUUGUGUUGUGUUUUAUUUGACUUCACUGACCCAACAAAAGAAUUGAAAGAGAAGGAAAUUAAGAGGCAGACGUUGCUUGAGAUUGUCGAUUAUGUUACCACUGCAAAUGGGAAGUUCACAGAACCUGUUGUGCUAGAAGUUGUGAAGAUGUUAUCUGUGAACUUGUUCAGAACACUCGCGCUUCAACCUCAUGAGAGCAAGCUUUCUGGAGCCUUUGAUUUAGAAGAAGAGGAACCAUCGAUGGACCCUGCUUGGCCGCACUUGCAGAUCGUGUAUGAGUUCCUUCUGAGGUUUGUUGCAUCUCCGGAGAUGGAUGCUAAAUUGGCUAAGAGAUAUGUUGAUCACUCUUUUGUUCUUAAAUUGUUGGAUCUCUUUGAUUCUGAGGAUCCCAGAGAGAGGGAAUAUCUGAAAACAAUUCUACAUCGCAUCUAUGGGAAGUUUAUGGUGCAUCGUCCGUAUAUUAGGAAGGCAAUAAACAACAUCUUCUUUCGUUUCAUUUUUGAAACAGAGAAGUUCAAUGGAAUUGCUGAGCUUUUGGAAGUCUUGGGCAGUGUAAUUAGUGGAUUUGCUACUCCACUAAAGGAAGAACACAAGUUGUUCCUUGUUCGUGCACUGGUGCCUCUUCAUAAGCCUAAAUGCUUGCCAAUGUACCAUCAACAAUUAUCAUAUUGCAUCACACAGUUCGUGGAGAAAGACUGCAAGCUUGCAGAUACUAUUAUAAGGGGCUUGUUGAAGUAUUGGCCAAUCACCAAUAGCUCUAAAGAAGUCCUAUUUCUAAGUGAGCUCGAGGAAAUCUUAGAAGCUACUCAGCCGGCAGAAUUUCAAAGAUGUAUGGCACCCCUGUUCCGUCAAAUUGCGCGUUGUUUGAGCAGUUUGCACUUUCAGGUGGCGGAGCGGGCAUUGUACUUGUGGAACAAUGAUCACAUUGAGAACUUGAUCAGACAAAACCGCAAAGUUAUAUUGCCGAUUAUCUUCCCGGCCGUGGAAAAAAAUGGUCGUCACCACUGGAAUCAAUUGGUCCAGAACUUGACACUCAAUGUCCGUAAGAUCUUCUUGGAUGCUGAUCCUGAGCUGUUUGAAGAGUGCUUGCACCAGUUCCAGGAGGAUGAACGAAAAGAGGAGGAAAUCAAAGCAAAGAAUGCUGCCAUGUGGAAGCGCUUAGAAGAGAUUGCUGCAACAAAAACCUUCUAGUAUCGUUCCCUGAAUUAUACCCACCCCCAACAUCUCCAAUAUUGUGCUGUAGGAAUUCAAGAGUUUCAGUUCUAUUGAUAGGCGCGGGUUGACAAGAUAGCAAUGGUACUAUCCAAGAAGUCGAGAUGCAUACAGAUUAUUAUCCAAGUUCCACUUCAUCUUGCAUUCCUAUUUUCCGCGCUAUUGUGAACCGCACCUCCAAGGGUACCAUACAGCUUCCAUGAAGUCCAACGUUUCUCCCUUGCACGGCUAUGACAUCUGGAGUACGCUGCAUUCACAUUUUCAGCACAAGAUGGUAACUUUGGCAUUUUUAUGUCUGGUCUUUGAAGAGUUUAGGGUAAGUAGCUACGGAUCACCGGUUUAUGUACACUAAUAUUUUCAGAGUCAAGUUUGUGCCUACUUAGUGAAGCGAUAUUUGUUGUGUAUGUAUCAUAUAGUUUGAUGUGAAUUUUAAGAGUGUUAUGUUUGGCUGGGUUUAUUGGUUUAGAAGAUCAUAAUAUUGUUCAGUGUCAA